CGCAAGGCUUCGGCUUUGAUCAAAGUCUUUCAGUAACUGCUCAACAACAACAGCAGCAGCAGCAGCAACAACAACAACAGCAACUACAAGUUGCACAACAGAACACAGUCGAUGCUUUCUUUGCUUCUUUAUCUCAACCCAUGCUAUUUGGUGAUGAACGUGAUUCAGUUAUAGCACGUUGGAAUCAACUACAAGCAAUGUGGGGUACUGGUAUUGGUUACAGUGCUGUAGGUAUGGUGAGUUAUACACCGGAGAAUACAUUUGCACGAUUAAAAUCUAUUGGAUAUAAUGUUUUGCCUACAAGUACUGAUGCUGAUGGACUUGUUUGUUUAUACAUUGGCCGUCCAUUCUCUGAAGUUACAAAUCAACGUCAAGCUGUACAAGAUAGUUUAUUUAGACUAUUAGGUGGUCGUCCUAAUUUACAGCUAGUGGUGGAAGAAAUUCGUCCAUGUGCUGAAGCUGAAGACAGUACUGAGGUCAUAUUGAAAGUUGUGGAACGAUUAGCUACUGGCGCAACAUCUACUAUAUCCGCUAGUGAACUUGCAAAGUAUUUAUCAAGUCCAUCGGUUGCACCUCAACUUCAAUCACAAUUGUGUGUGAAUCGUUUAAUUCCGGAAAUAUCUCCAUCUGCUGCACAGAUUGUUGCUUAUAAUGAGAAUCCACCAGCUGGUUUUGAUAGAUUAAUAUGGCAACAGGCUUGCCUUGAUAAUCCACAUCCUGAUCGUAUGAUCCCAAUUCCUUUUAUUGGAUUUUCUGACUUAAGAAGACGUAAAUGUGAUCAACUUGCUUACGGUGAACAACAGAGCAGUAUGAUCAAGGUAUGUAUGAUAUUUUAUUUUUUGACUUGGAAUUACUAUUUCUCGUAA